AUGAAAGUGUUUGCCCUCGCUUGUGUGACCCUAUUGGCGGCCAGCUGUGCCUUCGCCGCGCCCAGUGUUCAAGACAACCGGGUCGAGGGCGACAAUACCCUGGGUCGGGCCGCCCGGUAUCUGGGCGCCUGUCUGGAGAGUGACGACAUGGCCACCUGCCUGGCCGUCAAGGGCAUCACCGCCCUCAACCGCGCCGCUAGGAGCAACAACAUCGAGCUGGCCAGUGGAGUCACCUUCCAGAGAGAUCCCGCCAGUCCCGUUUCCCGCACUGGAAAAUCGAUGAGCGAGCAGGAUGUCUAUGCCGAGCUACCCCAGAAUGCCGAUGAGCGUACUGGUCGUCUAGUGGAUCUGGCCGUCUCUAGCGCCGCCGAUUUCCUGAGCACACACAACCUGGAGUUCAAGCUGCCCGCUGAGACCACCCAGCAGGUGGCUCGUGCCCUCGAUGAAGGUCGUGGCAAGAUCAAGAAGAUGCUGGGACCCGUGGCUCUGGCCAUUGGCGCAAAGCUGUUCGCCGUCAUUCCCCUGGUGCUCGGUUUCCUGGCCCUGCUGACGUUCAAGGCCGUGAUCGUGGCCAAGCUGGCCUUUUUCCUGGCCAUCUUGGUCGGCGGCUCCCGCCUGCUGAGCGGAUUUGGCAACAAGUUUGGAGGAAACUCCUUCGCCGGAGCCUACAACUCAAACGCCUGGUCCGCUCCCGCCAGCGCCGGAUGGAGCUCGGGAGCCUCCUCGUCCUAUCCCUAUGCCCGCAGCAUUAGCGAAGAUGGGUCCGAUGCCCAGCAGUUAGCCUACGCCGGCCAGCAGCAGCAGUAG